UCUCUCUCUCUCUCUCUCUCUCUCACACACACACACAAAUACACACACACACUAAACUCAGAUCAUACAUACAUACAUACAUACAGAGAAAUGGGCUGCCUGACCCGAGGUUUCCUGGUCGGAGCAGUGGCGGUGCUCCUUGCCAUGGCCACGGCGGCGGACGCCUGCACCCCGGCGGACCACUCAGCCCUGCUGGAUUUCAAGGCAGCUCUCAACGAACCCUACUUGGGCAUCCUAAACACGUGGUCCGGCGCCGACUGCUGCACCAACUGGUACGGAGUCACGUGCGACCCGGAAACAAAACGGGUCGCCGACAUCGUCCUCCGUGGCGAGUCGGAAGACCCGAUCUUCGAAAAAGCCGGCCGGUCCGGUUACAUGACCGGUUCAAUCUCCCCCUCCGUCUGCCACCUCGACCGCCUCACCACCCUCGUCGUCGCCGACUGGAAGGGCAUCUCCGGCGAGAUCCCCUCCUGCAUCGCCUCCCUCCCCCACCUGAGAAUCCUCGAUCUCAUCGGAAACAAACUCUCCGGCCAAAUCCCCGCCGACAUCGGCAAGCUCAGCCACCUCACCGUCCUGAACCUAGCCGACAACCAAAUCUCCGGCCACCUCCCGCCGUCCAUUGUCAACCUCAACAGCCUAAUGCACCUAGAACUCAGCAACAACAAACUCACCGGAGAAAUCCCCUCCGACAUCGGAAAAUUAUCCAUGAUGAGCCGAGCACUACUAACUCGGAACGAGUUAACCGGUUCAAUACCAAACUCACUCGCCAAAAUAUACAGGCUGGCGGAUUUGGAUCUAUCCAUGAACCAAAUAACCGGUUCAAUCCCGGUUCAACUCGGAUCAAUGCCGGUUCUAUCCACAUUAAAUUUGGAUAGUAACCAAUUAACCGGCCAGAUACCAACCGGUUUACUAGCUAACCCGGGUAUCAACAUUUUGAAUUUAAGCAGAAACUCGUUGGAGGGAAAUCUACCCGAUGUAUUCAACCAGAGAUCGUACUUCACGCAGAUUGAUUUAUCGUAUAAUAAUUUACGGGGUUCGAUUCCGAAGUCAUUGUCCGCAGCUAAAUUCAUCGGCCACUUGGAUUUAAGCCAUAACCAUCUCUGCGGCCCGAUUCCAACCGGAUCGCCAUUCGAUCGACUCGAGGCUUCGUCGUUCGCUAAUAACGAUUGCUUGUGUGGAAUGCCAUUGCAAACUUGUUAAAUUUUCUUUUAAAUUUAUAUGGGUUGUUAAUUUGUUAUUUUAAAUGUGUGUUGUUAUUAUUGUAAUGAUGGUAAAUUACAAGAGUUGUGGUUUAAUUUAUAUAUAUUAAUUAUGAAAUAUUAGUAAUUAAAUUUAUAAUAUAAUGUUGUCCUUGGACAAAGGUCAUUAGGACAAGGUUGCACGUGAAAAUGUGUGUUCGGCAGCUUUGUGUUGAGAUUGCAUUAUUAUUAUAUUGCAAUAGAUUUAUUUUUUCAUAA